AUGCCCGACCUCAACUCGUUCUCCAGAUCACCACGGGGUGGUUCAAAUUCCCAGGCUUCGGGGACGAGUUCUGUCGCCACGCAACAACCAUCCGUACCUGCGUCAAGGAGAACUUCGACACAAAUGCUACCUCCACCGCUGCCUCAGAACAACAGCCUUCCCAGCUCACCCAGGCCAGCACAGGUGGCGAUGAUGGACAAUACAGGUGUCGGUUUAGGCCCAGGUCCUAUCCGACAUCCCAGACCUCUCACGGCGGCCGAGUUACACCUGGAACUUGAAAAAGAACAAGAGAGCAUUGUCAAUCGACUAACUCGAGAACUCUCUGCGUUACGAGCCCAAACUGCCUCUGUUGCCUCUACCACCUCGUCCACCUCCGAGCAGCUGUUUGCCAAUGACCCGUACAAUACAACUACAACGGGAACCACAAUCAUCCCCACGAACACCCGACGUCACCGUUCCUCCUCGAACCUCUCUACUCGUUCGGCUCGUUCAAUCCGUGAGAGUCUCUCCAAUGCUGCCAACACCAGCGUCUCUGGCGUGGCAGCCCCACGAGACCAGAGCGUCCAAGCCAGCGCGCGGCCCAGCAUGGAAAUGAGCAGGCCGGAUAUGAGUCGACAGAACUCGACCUCUGCGACGGGGUUUCGAUCUAGUUCCAUUACUUCUUCCCCACAUUUGACCCAGGGAGGAUACGCAUAUCCGCAUCGCAGCUCUGUGUCGUCGACAAUUGACGGCUCGUCUGGGGUCCCUCAUGCCGCAAUGACACGCUCUCCAAGCUCCAAUGCAGCUAUUGCGCAAGCCAGGUACGAAGAGGCGGCAUUGCAGCGAGCGGAACUUGAGGCCGUGAAGCGCGAGAACGAGGCAUUGAGAGCACGGGUCAAGGAGCUGGAGAAGAGUUUGCAAAAGGCCAAUGAGCAGACGCAGUCAACGGAUACGGCCUGA